AUGUCAUUGCUCUCAAUUUUAAGGCUUUCUUCCAUUUCUGUAGUGGUAGCUCUAGAUAUAGAUCUUGGACAAGAUCUCGGUGGCCUUGUGAAGCAAACUGUAGCUGGAAACGAAGGAGUUCUUCAUAACUGUAGUAAUGAUCAGGAUCAAGUUCUUCAACAAUGUUAUAUCAAUAUGUUCAUAUCCUAUGGUUUGAAUGUUACCAGUUUACCUCCUGCAAAAGAUGACCAUUCCGUAGUAUCCGUUAUGAUGCCACCGGAAUGUGUAGGUUAUAGCUACUCUGCUCUUCGUCAUUGUCACACUGAUGUCAUAGAUGAUUGUCUCAAUUACAAUACUUUCAAUGCAAUUUUCGAACUAGAAGAAAAUGCGGCGUACUACAUUUCACAGACAGCAUUCAUGCAAUUCUACUGUGAUUAUGGAUCGGAUUUUGUCACUUAUUAUGAAUGCAUGCAAGCAGUGAGCCUGAAUGAAUUGACAGAUACAAUCUACACGGAGUGCUCAGUUCUAGAAAUCGGAAGUUGCGACUCAGUCUCCAAAACAACGCAGUGCGAGCGUGCGGUAGUGAGGAAAUCAUGUGGUAAAGGAGGCGUCAAGUCGUACUGUCAAUAUCAGAAAAUUCUUACUCUCAUGACAGGCUGGAACUAUUGCGAGUACAUGCCGUGUAUUAAUUUGUCUGCAAAUCUGAAUGUAAUCUCUCUUCUCAUGUUCACCAUUAUCAUGAUUUUUGUUUGA